AUGUCUGAUAACGGAUCCGAUCAUGAGUACAAGUUCAACGUGUCCAUGAGCUGCGGCGGUUGUUCUGGCGCCGUGGAGCGUGUGCUCAAGCGGCUGAACGGCGUCAAGACUUAUGACGUGAAUCUGGAGACCCAGAUGGCGAUUGUUCAAACCGAGCCGACCGUGGAAUAUGACACCGUCCUCGACGCGAUUAAGAAGACCGGCAAGACAGUGAAUAGCGGCGAGGCUGAUGGUGCCGUCAAGGAGGUUUGA